CAGCUGUCACAUCAGGAUGCCUCCAAGCGGCAAGCUGUCCUUGUCCCUGCCGCCUCCUGCGCCGAUUAACGCACCCGAGGUGCGGGCAACUCUGAAAGAGACGGCCUGAUCUCUCUGGGACGGCACCAACAGGUCAAUCAUGCAAAGGACAUGGGCAUUGGCGCUUCUGAGCGCCCUUGCUCAUGGCCCUCUAGCUGCAGCUGAUAGCUUGCCGCGGGGUGUUGGACCCGAGUUUGCCAAGUUCUACACGAGCAAAUCCUCCUUUACGUGCAUCAGCAAUCCCUCCAUUACCCUCUCGUCAUCCCAGAUCAACGACAACUCGUGCGACUGCCCCGAUGGGUCCGAUGAGCCAGGCACCGCGGCCUGCUCGCACAUCGAUUCGAUGUCGCCCGAGCAGCCCCUCCCCGGCUCGGUAACGGGCAGCACUAACACAACGAAUGCCCUACCCGGCUUUUGGUGCGCCAAUGCGGGCCAUGUUGGGAGCUACAUACCUUUCAUGUACGUCAACGACGGCGUCUGCGACUACGAGCUGUGCUGUGACGGAAGUGACGAGUUCGCGCAUGUCGGUGGGGUUCAAUGCGAAAACCGCUGCGACGAGAUCGGCAAGGAGCACCGUCGCCUCGAGCAGGAGCGCCGGCAGGCCAGGGAGAGGUCGCUGAAGCGGAGACGGACCAUGGUGAAGGAGGCCCGGGAGCUGCGCCGCAGGGUGGAGGCCAAGGUUGCUGCGCUGAAGUCGGAACUCGAGGGUCUCAAGACCAAACAAGCCGACCUACAAAAGAAGUACGAGGAGGUAGAGCGCUCCGAGAGGAACAAGGUCGUCAAGACCGAGGGCCAGGGAGGGAAACUUGGCGUGCUAGUCAGCCUGGCCAAAGCUCGCGUUUCCGAGCUCCGAAAUGCCCUGGACGAUGUGUUGGACCAACGGGACGAUCUGCAAGACAGGGUCGAGCAGCUCGAGGACAUUCUCCGCAAGCUGAAGGAGGAGUACAACCCCAACUUCAAUGACGAAGGCGUCAAGGCGGCAGUCAAGAACUGGGAAGACUAUGCUGCUGGCCGGGCUAGCGAGAAGAAAUCCGACCUCGCGGACGCUGAUAUCAUGGAGAUGCUGAAAGAGGACGGCGAGACUUCAGGCAUUAACUGGGCCGACUUCGAGAAUCCUGAUGCGAGCGAUGUAGACGUUGUUUACAACUGGGAGGCGUAUCUACCGCGCCCAGUCAGCGAUUUUAUCCGCGACAAGAUCAACCUUUUGCGCAGUUGGGCCGUCGCGAAUGGCAUAUUGGCGGACAACCGGGGUGGCGGCGGCGAGUCUCGGCUGGUCACCGCGGCCAGGGAAGCGCUGGAUGCGGCGAAGAGUGAGUUCUCGUCCAAAUCGUCGACGCUGGAAGAGCAACAGCGCGAUCUCGAGAAGGACUAUGGCCCGGACGACAUUUUCCGCGCCCUCAAGGGAAAGUGCAUCAGCAGCGACGUGGGCGAAUACGAGUAUGAGCUCUGCUGGAUCGACCGGACCACACAGAAGAGCAAAAAGGGCCACGGCAACACGAACAUGGGCUACUUUGUGAGCAUCGACAAGGAGUUCGCGGACGAGGAGGAGAGGGCCGAUGGAAAGAGCCUGGGCAAGGGCGAGCGGAUGGUGCUCCGGUACGAGAACGGUCAGGGCUGCUGGAACGGCCCGAACCGGAGAACAGAUGUCUGGCUCGUGUGCGCCGAGGCGGACGAACUUUGGCGCGUGACCGAGUCCGAGAAAUGUGUCUACAAGAUGGAGGUAGGGACACCAGCUGCCUGCGAAGAGGCCCAGGAGCCCGCCGCGGUGGCCAAGGACGAGUUGUAGCUCUCUUGAGGUCAUGUUGUGGUACCAAGAGGGAGUUGUGUUCCUGAGUAGGAUUGUCUGGGAAUCUGGCAAUUGUACACAAUGGCACUAGAGUCGAGGCAGUAGACCGAUCUUCUUGUACCCUGAGUGGAAA